AUGAUUCGUGUCGGUCAAAAAUUCCUUGCAUGCGCCUCCCAUCGCUCUUUAAAAGUCUUCACAAUUUCUUCCCACCUUCAUGACCUCGUUUUUCACCGCAGUGAAAAUAAUCGAGCAUUGCUAUUCAUCUUUCGUCGGAUAGUUCAGUGUUAGGCUGGCAUUUGUCGCAUAGUUGCGCCAAAUGGGGCUAUUCAGUGGCAAGUGUGUCUCAAAGGCGCGUCUGGACGGCAAAACUGCAGUCGUUACGGGCGCCAAUACGGGCAUUGGAAAAGAAACGGUGAAGGAUUUUUUUCAACGAGGUGCCCGUGUUAUUGUGGCUUGUCGAAAUCUGGACAAGGCGAAUCAGGCCGUUGAGGACAUAAAAAAAGAAUUCUCAGAUGGUGAGAAUUUGGGCGAGUUAAUGGUAACACAGUUGGAUUUAACUAGUCUAAAGUCGGUGCGAAAUUGCGCGAAAGUUAUUUUGGAAACGGAGAAACGAAUUGAUCUGUUGAUAAAUAAUGCGGGCGUUAUGAUGUGUCCGGAGGGCCGGACUGAGGAUGGUUUCGAGAUGCAGUUCGGUACAAAUCAUUUAGGACACUUUCUUCUGACUUUGUUGUUACUGCCCAAAAUCUGCCAAAGUACACCUGCCCGAAUCGUGAAUGUGUCUUCCGUGGCUCACAAAUACGGUUGUAUCGACUUCGAGGACUUGAAUUGGCAGAAACGCAAAUACAGCUCACUGGGAGCGUACCAGCAAAGCAAAUUAGCCAAUAUUUUAUUCACCAAAGAGCUAGUUCGAAGACUUGCAGAGGCAAAUGUAACAGGAGUCAAUGUGUAUUCCCUCCACCCUGGAGUCAUUCGAACUGAGUUGGGGCGUCAUUUGGAUUACAGGCUUCGUUGGCUUUGGCGUAUUUUCUCCUUUUUGAUUAAAACCCCCGACCAGGGGGCUCAAACAACAAUUUACUGCGCUGUUGAUGAAAAGUGUGCCAAUGAGACUGGCCUUUAUUACGCCGAUUGUGCAGUGGCGGCCGUCGCUCCCGCUGCACAAAAUUCAGUCGACGCUAAGCGUCUGUGGGACGAAAGCUUGAAACUUGUAGGACUUGAGCCGAACUAUAAUCCAUUUACAACCGUCUAAGACUUACGAAGAUAUUCUUUUAGUUAUUAAAUUUGAUUAAAUGAUAGGCUAUUAUGUAAAACACAGGUGAUAUCUUGUACGUUCAUGACACUCGAGUAAAGUUACAAAAUAAUCAA